CCGCGAGAGAGGCGGCCGGGCGAGUAGUUCCGCCCCGGGGCCGGAAGUGCGCGCCCCGCUCGCGGCCGCGGCCCCGCCGGCGACAUGGUAGCGCCGGUGCUGGAGGUAUCCCACGCGUUUUGCUGCCCAAACCGGGUGCGGGGAGCCCUGAGCUGGAGCUCCGGGCCCGGAGGACUCUUGGCCUUCGGCACGUCCUGGUCCGUGGUGCUGUAUGACCCUCAGAAAAGAGUUGUUGUUACCAACCUGAAUGGUCACACUGCUCGAGUCAAUUGCAUACAGUGGAUUUGUAAACAAGAUGGUUCUCCUUCUACUGAAUUAGUUUCUGGAGGAUCUGAUAAUCAAGUGAUUCACUGGGAAAUAGAGAAUAAUCAGCUUUUAAAAGCUAUCCAUCUUCAAGGCCAUGAAGGACCUGUUUAUGCAGUGCAUGCUCUUUACCAGAGGAGGGCAUCAGAUGUUGAAUUACAUACAUUGAUAGUUUCUGCAGCUUCCGAUUCUACCGUUCGAAUAUGGUCUAUAAAGGGUUCAGAAGUAAUGUGCCUUCAGACCUUGAACUUUGGAAAUGGAUUCACUCUGGCCCUCUCUUUAUCUUAUUUGCCUAAUACUAAUGUACCAAUAUUAGCAUGUGGUGAUGAUGACUGCAAGAUUCACUUAUUCGUUCAACAAAAUGACCAGUUUCAGAAAGUGCUUUUUCUCUGUGGACAUGAGGAUUGGAUAAGAGGCGUGGAAUGGGCAACCUUUGGUAGAGAUCUUUUCCUAGCAAGCUGUUCACAAGAUUGCCUGAUACGAAUAUGGAAGCUGUAUAUAAAGUCGACAUCUUUAGAAACUCAAGAUGAUGAUAAUAUAAAACUGAAGGAAAAUACUUUUACAAUAGAAGAUGGAAGUGUUAAAAUAGCGUUUGCAAUUACUCUGGAGACUGUACUGGCUGGUCAUGAAAACUGGGUAAAUGCAGUUCAUUGGCAGCCUUCGUUCUACAAAGAUGGUAUUCUCCAGCAGCCAAUGAGAUUGUUGUCUGCCUCAAUGGAUAAAACCAUGAUCCUCUGGGCUCCAGAUGAAGAGUCAGGAGUUUGGCUAGAACAGGUCCGAGUAGGUGAAGUAGGUGGAAAUACUCUGGGAUUUUAUGAUUGCCAGUUCAAUGAAGAUGGCUCCAUGAUCAUUGCUCAUGCUUUCCAUGGAGCAUUACACCUUUGGAAACAGAAUGUGGCUAACCCAAGAGAGUGGACUCCAGAGAUUGUUAUUUCAGGACACUUUGAUGGUGUCCAAGACCUAAUGUGGGAUCCUCAAGGAGAGUUUAUCAUCACUGUUGGUACUGACCAGACAACUCGACUUUUUGCUCCAUGGAAGAGAAAAGACCAAUCACAGGUGACUUGGCAUGAAAUUGCCCGGCCUCAGAUACAUGGAUAUGACCUGAAAUGUUUGGCAAUGAUUAAUCGGUUUCAGUUUGUAUCUGGAGCAGAUGAAAAAGUUCUUCGGGUAUUUUCUGCACCUCGGAAUUUUGUGGAAAAUUUUUGUGCCAUUACAGGCCAGUCUGUGAAUCUUGUGCUUUAUAACCAGGACAGUGAUCUUCCAGAAGGAGCUACCGUCCCUGCCUUGGGGUUAUCAAAUAAAGCUGUCUUUCAAGGAGAUAUAGCCUCUCAGCCUUCUGAUGAAGAGGAACUAUUAACUAGUACCAGUUUCGAGUAUCAACCAGUAGCCUUUCAACCUUCCAUACUUACUGAACCUCCCACUGAGGAUCAUCUUUUGCAGAAUACUUUAUGGCCUGAAGUUCAAAAACUAUAUGGACAUGGUUAUGAAAUAUUUUGUGUUGCUUGUAGCAAUUCAAAGACUCUGCUUGCCUCAGCAUGUAAGGCAGCUAAGAAAGAGCAUGCAGCCAUCAUUCUUUGGAACACUACAUCUUGGAAACAGGUGCAGAAUUUAGUUUUUCACAGUUUGACUGUCACGCAGAUGGCCUUCUCACCUAACGACAAGUUCUUACUAGCUGUUUCCAGAGAUCGAACCUGGUCAUUGUGGAAAAGGCAGGACACAAUCUCACCUGAGUUAGACCCAGUUUUUAGCCUCUUUGCCUUUACCAACAAAGUAACUGCUGUGCACAGUAGAAUUAUUUGGUCUUGUGAUUGGAGUCCUGAUAGCAAGUAUUUCUUCACUGGAAGUCGGGACAAAAAGGUGGUUGUGUGGGGUGAGUGCGACUCCAGUGAUGACUCUGUGGAGCACAGCAUUGGCCCCUGCUCCUCUGUCCUGGAUGUGGGCGGGGCAGUGACAGCCGUCAGUGUCUGCCCCCUGCUUAACCUUUCCCAAAGAUACAUUGUUGCUGUAGGAUUAGAGUGUGGAAAGGUUUGUUUAUACACCUGGAAAAAGACUGAUCAAGUUCCAGAAAUAAAUGACUGGACCCACUGUGUAGAAACAAGUCAAAGCCAAAGACAUAUGCUUGCUAUCAAAAAAUUAUGCUGGAAGAAUUGUAAUGGAAAAACUGAACAGAAUGAAGCAGAAGGCACCGAGUGGUUACACUUUGCAAGUUGUGGUGAAGAUCACACUGUGAAAAUAUACAAAGUUAACAGAUGUGUACUGUGAUGGGGUUAAUAACUAUCGGCAUGUGGUCAUUAGUGUCUUAAAAUAUUUAUCCUGUAAAUAGAUGUCUUUCUUUACCUUGUAAUUUCAUCGAGUUUCUUUUUAAGCCCUAUAGCAGUAGUUCUUAUUGGGUCACAGACCCUUUGAAAUCUCAUGAAAACUGCAGACUCUUCUCACAGAUGUAUAUAUGCACACACCCUCAGAACUUGGCCCACACUUUGAGGGAUUCAGACCUGCAUUCAUGUGUCCCAAGUUAACCUCUGUUGCUUCUUUCUUCAUGACUGAAUUUGCCUAAUUAUGCAUUGUUUUGGGCCUUUUCAUACGCGCUUCUUUGGGACAUUUCAUUAUUUAUUACCCUCUUCAAAGAGAGGACAUGGAAAAUAAAAAAAGAUAAAACCCAGAUUACCCAAUUUUUAUUUUAACAAUUUGUGUAGAGACCACACUUUGUGGUCUUGACCCUUUCUUCCAGUACACACCCACCAUUCUAGGAAUUUGGCAGGCGCUUGUGAAUUUGAACUGUAGUCAAUUCUUCCUUGUAUUUAAAAGUACAUAGAUUCUUUUACAGUUUGACUUAAAGCAGACUAUCCUGACAUUUACACUGAUAGAUGUAGGACCUGAAAAGUAGAGUUGUGUCUGAAUCACCUGAAUUGAUGUGAAGUCACAUACAUGAGUUAUGAGAGAAAGGAUGUCCCCCAGGGUGAGUACAUAGUGGGAGCAGAGAGAAGAAGAUGCUUCAAACAGAAUGUUGGGUGUGCCAGCUGAAGUUUGGGACAUGGGUCAUGAGAGUCGUGAACUUUGGGAGUUGGGUGGAGGGAAGUUAAGCUCUGGGGGAGGGGUAUGAUGAAAACUGGCUUGAGAAUGGAGAUUUCCUCUGAUCCAGAGUCAUCUGACAAAUUGGCAGUGAAAUGAAUACUGUGAAUAAUAAAUAUGCUGAAGGGGGGGUGGUGAGGAUUUUCUUCAUUGGAGUUUGCCAUUAUCUAAUAUGACAUUUUGCUUCCAAAGGAAUUGAGAUAUUUUGUCUAAAUUGAGAUUUCUAGACCGACACUAUCCAGUAUUUCUAGAAAUAAAUAAUUUGAGCUACUUAAGUAA